ACGUUCUGCCAAGACAUGAAGAAGCACAGAGGCAUACGUAACCACGUGUGCAAUAUCUGCAACAAGGCCUUCUACGAAGUGUCCAAGCUUAAUGCGCACAUGAGGGUUCAUACUGGUGAACGUCCAUUCGAAUGCCAAUACUGCGAGCGCCGCUUCGCCCAACAGUCCGCGCUCAUCUACCACAGGCGCACGCACACUGGUGAAAAACCUUACAGCUGCAAGCUCUGCGCAGCUCGGUUUACCACCUCGUCGGCCAGGAACAACCACAUGGUCACACACACGGGCAACAAGAGGUUCGUGUGCCCAGUGUGUUUCAAGGGCUGCACGUCGCGCGCGGAGCUCCGCGUGCACUCCAGCAAACACACCGGGGAGAAACUGUUCGGCUGCACGCUCUGCUCGGCUCGCUUCAGCUCGGCGUCGUACCUCGCGGUACAUAGGCGGCAUCACACUGGCGAACGGAAAUAUAGCUGCAACGUUUGUGGUCGAGGUUUCAUGGAAUCCGGUUCGUACAAGAAGCAUCUUAAAACACACGAAGUUAAGCCUGAAGAUUCUUCCGAAUCCACGGAAAUAGAUAAGGGGGAAGAGGAAGACAGCCAAACUGGGGAAGAGCAGGAAAGGGAAAGUCCUCAGUCCGAGGUUCAAGAGCAGAUCGAAAUAGAAGUGCCGCAGGCGCAGAGAAGAUACAAGUGCGGAAUCUGCGUGAAGACUUACAUGUAUCUGCACAGUUUGAAGAAACACAUGGCUACACAUAUACAGCCACAACAGCAGCAGCAACAACAACAACAACAACAACAGCAACAACAGCAUCAACAACAACAAGUACAACAGGUCCCACAAAUCCAAGUGCAACAACAGCAAGUGCAGCAACAGCAGCAAGUGUCGGUGCAGCAAGUCGGCGCGCAGUUGCAGCAGCAAGUGCUGCAGGUCGGCGGCGUGCAGCAGCUAACGCUGCCGCAGCAACCGUCAUACGUCCAGGCUGGACACUCCCCGUACCCUGUGAUAUCGUCAGUGCAAUCGUUGCAGUUGCAACAAACGCAGCAACACGUUAAUACGCAACAACCGCAGCUGCAGGUGCAGACGAUACAGAUACAUCCUCAGCAUCAACCGAUACAGAUUCAUGCGGUGGGCGUGCAGCAGGUGCAGCAACAGCAGUUGCACGUGGCCACGUCCAGCUGCCAGACCAUGCUGCCCAACAUAUUGCAGCUGGGCGGCGGCACCGUGGCGGUGUCCGGGCUGAGCGGGGCCGACCUCAGCGGCGUCGCGCACCGCAUCAUCCUGCAGCAGCCGCAGCACCCCGCCGUCUACACGCUGCACCACUAGAGGUUGGUUCAACGGGGACUGCUUCGUGGCCACUCUACCCGAUAUGCUUGCGACACGGCACCGCAAACUAUGCGCCACCUGCUGGACUGCCCCGCGUGCUCGCACUCCUGCUCUGAAUCUGACCUGAGAGACGACACGGUCACGGUGACGGGCUAUCAGCACCGCCGCUUUCUGGGCAUCCACUGUUUAGGGGAACCUCGACACGAGAGAAGAUGACCGCUAGAGGAUCGUUCACUUAUUAUUACUUCACAUAGAGAAGCCAUACCAAACAAUGAAAUUGCCGCAAUCGCAACCUGCAGGCGAGGGGAGCGGGCCAGGAAUCACGCGACCAAAACGUCGCAAGCGCCGUGAAAUUCAUGGCGCUUACGCGUUUAGGUCGCGAGAUUCACGCUCCGCUUAGACUGGGCGUUUUCUAAAAUAAAUAUUGAACACCUGAUUCUCACAGAUCCUGGUAUUUUUGGGUUAUUUCGACUCGGAAUCACAAGCAUAUUCAAUCCAGAUGAUUUAAAAAAAAUGUCCCAAAAAUUUGUAUGGAAAUUGUACAUAUAUCCACUACAUACUACACCACGCACAUUGAUUUGUUUUCUCUUAGGGCGUCCUACCUGCAGUGCCAGUUUCACGUGAUAUUUUUGGAACAACCUCGCACAUACAAAUGAAAAAAAAAAAACACUAAAACGUGACAUAAUGGAAUGGACAUGUUGGGACAUCCUUUUUUAAUGGCAGGAUGGAGAAUGCUCUCGAUUCUGAGUAUGUCCAGAUUUGAAAGAAUCAGGUUUUCAAUAUUUGCUGAAAUCGUUUCGUUUCGAAAUCGUUUCUCUGCAAAUGAUUGUCAUUUUUGCUAGGCCCCUAAGAAGCUAGUCUAAACACUUUUUGAUACACCAUUUUACAUGGGAUCAGUUUUGAUAUUAUACAAUAUAAAAAUGGCAUCCGACAGAGCCGUUCGUAGAGUUUUUUAAUGCAAUAAACAGUGACAUUAUCAUAAAAUAGAGGUGAUACCAGCAUUACAAUUUUAUAUUACAAUAGUAAUUCAAUCAAGACUAUUCUGUGCCUAUUUACAUAGUCCGUCUAAACUAACUUUGCACCGAUUUUAACGGAACAAAGUGAGGUGUCAUGUUUUCAUAGAAAUUCGACAUUGAUUGCCAUUGCCACACUGUAAUUACAAGUGCCAUGCAGAGUUAGAUUGGUCCGACUCCACAACAUUCACGUGUUCAGUUAUUGGCUAUUGCGAAGUUCGUUGUGGGAGAACUGAAUGUCAGUUGUCGUUAGUCCAUAUUGUGUUUACUGAUAUACCACAAAGCCGUACACAUACACGCACAGACAAUAUACCUUUUACAUCAGUAUAUACAUAAAUGUAGUAAUAAUUAGCCAUAUCACAUUAAUGGUUAUUACAAAGCCCGUAGUCCACUGUAUAGAGUUAAGGACUUUCCUAUAGUAUGAAUUUUCUCAAAUGAUUUUUACGCCUAAGACCCUAAUCUGUUAAACAAAAGCCAUUUGUACAGCCACAGGCUAGGGCCGAGUACCUGGACAAUGGUGGACUGAUUAAAUUUUUUUUUUUUUUUUUUUUACUUUAUUUAGAACACAAACAGUCACAUAUACAAAUGGGUUUGAAGUACAAAUGUACUUAACAUACUUAAGAAAACAGACCUGGAGGUUCAUUAGUAAGUACAUAAUGUUAACAUACACACUAAAUAGCAGAGAUAAAAAGGAGAUAAAAGAAAAACAUGAGCCUACGGUUGUCCUACCGGAAAGCCGGAAAAUGGAUGAAAUGGUACUCUUGCGCUGCGUGUGCCUGCACAGACCGCUUAAGACCUUAUCUUUAUAAUUAAUAAAACAGGCUUAUAAACACAAUUUAUAUAUAAAAAAAAAAGAGUUUUUGUUAGAAAUUAAGACUUGCUCUCAUUAUUUUAAAAUUUUCAUCUGUAAAAACUUAUUGAGUCCUUUUUAGAGAAGACUCAACGUAACACAAGAAAUGUUUUCUUCACAAUGACACACAUAAUUUUUUAUUUAUUACGAAAGUCCUUAUUGAAAAACUCGAAGAAGGCAGCGAUAGCAAGGGAUCCUAAUGGCCCAAGUCCCUAGCCCUAACUUAUCCUAAGACAAGGAUGUCUGUUACCGUGAGACCUAAGGUAACAGACGGAUUCCUAUUGGGAAGGAAUCGGGUAAGUGGAUGGAUACUUGCUGCCGAUCACUCAGGCUCAAGUGACCGAUUAAGGCUGAAGGUGUCUUAUGCCACAGCAAGGGUACCUAAGAACUAAGAAAUGUGGGGGAAGGAAUCCUCUACUCUCAGAGAAUCGCCCUGAGCUAGCAGAGGUUUUGAGUGUGGAGGUAGUGAAACACCAACGGACAUUUGGUAUCUGAUUUAUUUACAAUGUUCCUAUCUAUUUAUACAAUCUUCGUCUACAGCACACAUACGUAAAUUAUUUUCGUGUACUGUCCGUGUAAAUUGCAACUAGUGCCGGCUUAUGCCCUAGUUGCAUAGACGCGAGUCAGCACGAGUCAGUACGAUGCGGUUACGAAAUCUGUUGUUUAAACACCAUUGUUUUUUUUUUGCAAGCGGUCGGCUCCCGUUGGCAAAGCAACGUCGUUUAAAAAGCAACUGUAUCGUGGUAGUAUUAAGGUUUAAAUUUAUGUUAUAUAUAUGUUUUGGUAAUAUAGGGCGAUCGACCACCUCAAUGUAGGCGAGCGCUCAUAUUAUUACAUAGAUUUGAACCUUAAUACUAUAACGAUACAGUUGCUUUUUAAAGGACAUUGUUGCUUUGCCACGUGGCUAAUACGGGUGUUAACCGCUCGCAUGAAAUAAAUAAUGGCUUUUGUUUAACAGAUAAGGGUUUUAGGCGUAAAAAUCAUUUGAGAAAAUUCAUACUAUACCUAUUCUAUUUCUACAAGCAGUGACGAAAAUGUUAGCUGUUCUAUAAUCUGUCAAUAAAGCUAGUGGAAACUGCCAAAAUGUACUUAGAUAUUUUGUUUAUAGUAGUUUUGUAAUCUAAUAGAGUUAGACCAAGGUAAGUUCGCAACGAUUUUGAUAGCUUAGACUGUGCAAGUGUUAUUUUAAACGUCAAACUUCUAUGAAUAGAAAUGUGACGUUUUCAAUCAAAACUUACCAUAAGGACGAAAAUUGCUUGUAUCUUCAUACGAAAAACCUGUUAGAGCAUCCUUAUGGCAAGCGACAAUGUGGUACCUUUUGCUUGAAAACGACACAAAUUAUGAUGUUUUAAUAACACUUACACGGUCUUCUAACUAACUUAGUUUAGUCCAACUCUAUUAAAGAAAUAUUGAAUAUAUUUGUCAGUACAAGGAAACAUUUUAUUUAACACGAGGUGAAGUCGUGAUUAGUUUAAGUUAAGAGCCUCUUAAGAGCAAAUGCCCUGUUUACAUAGUCAUGUAGUAUAACUUAACGUAGUGUUCAUUAAGCAAUAAAUAUAUUUUAUAAUA